CCUUCACUGGAAAAGACCAGGAAUGUCUAUUUGAUUCAAUUAUGGAACAGGAACCAGUGUACCCACCAACCCUGCACACAGAUGCAAGAAGCCUAAUAUCAGAGCUCUUAGAAAAGAAUGUAGAAGAUCGGCUGGGCUCUGCUGUGGAUGGGGCUUUUGAUGUCGCGGCACAUCCUUUCUUCAAAGAUUUCGACUGGAAUGCUAUGUUGGAGCAGAAAGCACAGCCCCCUUUUGUUCCACAACUAAAAGGUCCGGAGGACCUGAAAUAUUUUGAUGAGAGAUUUACAAAGCUGGCUCCCAAUAUAACUCCACCCAAAGGCAUCUGCGCUGAAAUGGCAGAAGAAAUCUCAGACGCCUUCUAUGACUUUGCUUAUGCAGCAUGUUAGCUGCAAAUAGAAGAUGGGAGUCCAAGAAGGAAUAACAGACAUCAUCUUGCCAGGCUAAUGAUGUAAAAGAACAAGAAUCCAACACAGCCUGGAACAUGGAAGGCAGGAUAAAGGGAUCAAGUUAGUG